GUGUGAGAUUGAAGCUACACUUGAGAGACUUAAGAAGCUGGAGAGAGACCUGAGCACUAAAGAGCAGGAGCUGAAGGAGCGAGAGCGGCGUCUAAAGAUGUGGGAGCGCAAACUCAUCGAGCAGUCCAACAGCCCGCUGCUGCCCACACUUGACAUAUAUACCUGGACGGAGGAGCAUGUGUAUUUCUGGAUGCAGCAAAUGUUUGGUGCAGGCGAUGUUUCAUGUGACAUGCAGCGCUACGCUGACCUGUUUAAAGAGAAUCACAUCACCGGAAAAAGGUUGCUGUUGCUCACAGAAAACGACAUGCGAGACAUGGGGGUCAAGUCCAAGGGUCACGCCAUGCACCUUAAGGGUGAAAUCGAAAAGCUCACCCACGAUUACCUCGGAUUUGUCCACUUCCCACCGCUGUUGAAGGAUGAGCUGGAAGAGGAGUUAGAAGGGAGCAAAACUGUAAAUCUGGAGUUGGUGUUUGGGUACCACUGGAAGCCAGGAACGGGAAAGUCUGACUGCAAAUGGAAAAUGUACAUGGAGCUUGAUGGAGAUGAUGUUGCCAUUGCUUAUAUCAAAGAUGUCAUCUUUAGUGCCAACCGGCAAGAUGUGGACAUCCUGCGCAUGACUAAGCCACCUUUUGUGAUGGACAAAUGGAUUGUUGGACUACAACAGAACCAGAAAGUCGACUACACAGUCAAUUAUGAGAAUGAUGUCAAGUCACCAAAGUGUACCAAACACAGCUGCCCGGUGACGUGGAGUCUCGGCGGUGGACAAGACGAGAUCAAGACUGUGGAGCUGGUCAUUGGAACAGCACCAACUGACACAGACUGGAACCCCAGGAGGAACAGAUCAAACUCUGAUAUCGAUCCAAGAUGGAUGUACAACGUGCGGCAGAGGCAUAUGACCCAGAAAUCGCUGCCGCCGCCUGCUCCUCUGUCUCGCUCUGAAGCCCGCACUCUUCCUCAGUUCCUGUCUGUGCAUGAAAGCCAAGUGUCUUCUUAUGCUGCAGCUGUGCGUCGCUCUCCAAGCCGCAUCCACGCAUCUCCCUGGAAUGACUCGCGCAGCUCCUCGCCAACCGCCAGCCUGCCGGCCAAACUUGCCACGCUCCAUCUGGGGUCAAAGGGCAGCAGUCCCUCCAGCACCACAUCAGAGAGCACCUCAGAGAGGGAUCGGCUGCUCAGCGCCGGAGCUUUGUACGACUACCGCAGAAACGCUUACUUUGGCAACACAUUAACUGUAGAAGGUGGGCAGGGGAGAUGGACCAAUAGUAGAGGUAACCAUAUUCAUAAUAAAACCAGCAAAACCUCACGGCAGCCAGGGAGGCCACGGUCCAACAGUUACAGUGUCGCAUCACAGAACCGCCCACCAAUGAUACCGGGGAUAUUGUCUGUGACAGGAAACCUUAGUGAGGAAAAAGAGGCGGCGAAAGCCAGCGAAGGAGGGUGGAUCAAAGUGGAGCGUCAGAAAAGAUUACCGCGUCAGGACCAUAAACAAGUCAGAGGUCGACCGAGGAGAGGGGGCAGGGGUGGGCGUGGUGCUGGUGGAAGAACUUAACGGGGGCCACACAUGAACUGACAGCUUCUUGUACGAUGAACAUGUCAUGCACUGAGAAGGGUUUACUCUGAGUUAUGUCUGCUUGCACGCUGAAAAAUGAACUGCAUACUAUAAGAGAAUCACAAUCUUGUCUGAUGUAAAUAUGUAUGAGGCAAUAAAGUGCCACUUCCUUUUUUAAAAAACUGGCUCUUUGGUAAAUAUAAACGAGCCUAUAUGCUCAGGAUGUAUUUAUUAUUAUUAUAAAAAUUGACAAUUCGUUUUUUUCCUCUUUUUUUUAUCACCUGUUAAACGCAAAAGUGGCUUCUACUGCUAUGGUUACAAUAAAAUUAUGAUGUUAUUUAUAAACAUAUUUUUUUACACAAAACAAACCAAAGAUUACUUAAAAAAGAUUCAAUUCUUCCCAUCCAUAUUUUCUAAGUUUCCUCUCAAGUGUGUCUGUUUCUGUGGGCAACAGAUACAUUACUGAUUCAGAAGAGUGGUGCGCCUCACCUCAGUUUGAUAUGUUCUCCUUGGUGCUUAAAUCGUGUUCACAUCCUGCUGUUCACAGAAUGAUGUCGCCCUGUUUUUCUCUCAUCUCAAUUGUGCUGCAGUUUGUAGUCUUAUCUUCCCUCGAUAUUCCCUUUUUGUUCAGCUUUAUUAAAUUGAAACUUUCCUACUU